GGCAGCGCUAUUAUGGGAUGUACAGAUGGCAGCCUGCAGCGGCGGACUGCUUGUCAAUAGUUUGUUUUAUUUUAAAUUUCGUCGUUCUCGUCCGCCUUUAAUGGAUUUGGAAAUAAAGCCCGUCAGUUCCCGAGGUUUCCAGGACUCUGUCUCCGAUACAGUGCAUUAAGCAACCAUCACGGUCAUCACACCACCAUUAUGCCAAGUGAGGAUAAAGCACCACAACAGACCCGCCAGAGGAGGAAGAACAAAAAGUCCCAUUCUAAGGGGAAGAGUCACACUGGGGGUCCCAGGGUGCACGUAGAAGACAGCAUAGAUGGACAAGAUGACCUCAUCUUACCACCCGUCCUCCAGCCGCUUCCGAAAAAGCCAGUGGUGGAGAGACCCAAAGUGUCUGUGGCCGAAGUAGAGGAGGAGUCCUCUAUAGCCAUCUGUCUACAGGUGGUUUUUCCGUUCUUGCUUGCUGGGAUGGGUAUGGUGAUGGCUGGCAUGGUGUUGGACAAUGUAAAGCACUGGGAAGUAUUUAAGGUGAUCACAGAAGUGUUUAUUCUUGUGCCUGCACUAGUUGGACUCAAAGGAAACCUUGAGAUGACCCUGGCUGCUCGCCUUUCUACAGCUGCCAACACGGGCCAAAUGGAUGAUCCUGUUAAACAAUGGAGCAUGGUGUGCAGCAACAUGGCCCUAAUACAGGUUCAGGCCACAGUGGUGGGCUUCUUAGCAGCCGUGGCAGCUGUGUGCUUAGGGGCAAUUUCUCGAGGAGGAGUCGAACUCAACCAGGCAGUUGUGCUGUGUGCCAGCAGCAUCACUACUGCUUUUGUAGCUGCCCUUGCCUUAGGCCUGGUGAUGAUUGGUGUGAUCAUCGGUUCCAGGAAGGUGGGGAUCAACCCUGACAACGUGGCCACUCCCAUUGCUGCCAGUCUGGGUGAUUUGAUCACCCUGUCCCUCCUGGCUGGGGUUAGCAGUACACUCUACAACUACAUAGACAUGUGGUAUCUGUCUCUGCUGGUGUGUCUGGUCUUCAUUUGUCUGAUCCCACUGUGGGUGGUGGUGGCCCGACAAAAUCCCCAGAUCAGAGAGGUUCUCCGCUCAGGAUGGCAGCCUGUGAUAAUCGCCAUGUCCAUUAGCAGUUUUGGAGGCCUUAUACUGGACAAGACAGUGAGUGAUCCAAACUUUGAGGGCAUGGCUGUUUUUACACCUGUCAUUAAUGGAGUGGGUGGUAACUUGGUGGCCAUCCAGGCCAGCAGAAUUUCCACCUACUUGCACUUCUGGAGCAUCCCAGGUGUGCUGCCCUAUAAAAUGAGGCAGCAUUGGCCGAACCCUUGCAUCACCUUCUUCUCCUCAGGGGUGAACUCUAAGUCAGCACGUGUGCUCCUGCUGCUGGUCAUCCCUGGUCACCUGGUCUUCCUCUUCGCCAUCUCUCUGCUCCAGGGAGAUGAAGCACCCAUCACCAUAGUCUUCACCAUCUGCUACCUGUGUGCUGCUCUGCUGCAGGUGGGCAUCCUCCUUUAUGUGGCCGACCUCAUCGUGCGCCUGAUGUGGAGACGCAGUCUGGACCCUGACAAUUUCUCCAUUCCCUACCUGACAGCCCUGGGGGACCUGCUGGGCACUGGCUUCCUGGCGCUCUGCUUUCGCUGUGUGUCUCUGGUUCAGGGUCUACUUCUCUGAAAUUAUCUGUCUUAACCUCCAACUCUCAUCCUGCCACUGUUUUGCUGCAACACUUGUGUUCUGUUUAAAGGGGAAUGCUUUAGGUUGGAUAAUAAAGCACUUUCAUCUG